CCUCACCGACCCCUCCCGGCACCGCCGCCGUCUCAACCGCCGCGCAGCCCCUCCCACCGCAGCCCGCGGCUCCUCCGGGUCUUCCCGCCGACAGCCCCAGGCGCAGGCGCUGCGGGGCCUUAAAGGGACCGCACCCUCAGCCGCACAACCAGGUGAGGGGCUGCGGGGGGGAUGGACGGAGUGCAGCGGGACCGGGAACUCCCCCUCUCCCCUCCGCCUCACGUUCAAAGCACCCGCCCUGGAUCCUGCAACUCCCUGAUUUCCCCCCACCACCUGAACCGCCCCUGCCAGGUUAAAGAGGCGGGAGACACAACCCCUGGUGGCCUGAGCGAUCCCAAGCCCGCUAUUAGGGCUCCCGGCCUCACGCUGCCGCCCCGCCCCGAGUCUGACUUCCAGGCCCGGGCACGCGGUGCAGACGCCAGGCUUCAGAAGGCAGCCCCCAGAUCCCCGGAGAGGUGGCCUUAGGUCACUCUCAAAGCCGGCAGGAUGGGCCAGUGUUCUGGACUUCGUACUGCUAAGAAGCUCCGUAGCCACCAAGGACACCAGAAGUGGCAUGAUAAACACUACAAGAAAGCCCAUUUGGGCACAGCCCUGAAGGCCAACGCUUUUGGAGGUGCUUCUCCUGCAAAGGGAAUCCUGCUGGAAAAACUAGGAGUUGAAGCCAAGCAGCCAAAUUCUGCCAUUGUGAAGUGCGUCAGGGUCCAGCCCACCAAGAAUGGCAGGAAAAUCACAGCCUUUGUACCCCGUGAUAGUUGCUUGAACUUUAUUGAGGAAAAAGAUGAAGUUCUGGUUGCUGGAUUUGGUCGCAAAGGUCAUGCCGUUGGUGAUAUUCCUGGAGUCCGCUUUAAGUUUGUCAGGGUAGCCAGUGUCUCUCUUUUGCCCCCAUCCAAAGGCAAGAAGGAAAGACCAAGAUCAUAA